AUGCAGCCUGCUACAGAGGAGGAGGCGAAGACUCACGCAGUGGGCAUUGAUCUGGGUACCACGUACUCCUGCGUUGGAGUCUACAAAGAUGGAGAGGUGCAGAUCAUUGCGAACGACCAGGGAAACCGCACCACACCGUCUUAUGUCGCGUGGACAGAGCAGGAGCGGCUCUUGGGAGAUGCAGCCAAGAACCAGGUCGCCAGCAAUCCGACCAACACUGUCUUCGAUGCCAAGCGUUUGAUCGGAAGGCGCUUCGAUGAUCCGAUCGUGCAGGCCGACCUAAAGCUCUGGCCUUUCAGAGUGGUCUCCGACGGCACGAAGGACGACAAGCCGUUGAUAGAAGUGCUUUACCAGAAUGUCGUGAAGAAGUUUCAUCCAGAAGAGAUUAGCUCGAUGAUCCUCACGAAAAUGAAGACGACGGCUGAGGCAUACCUUGGACAUCGCGUCAAGGAUGCCGUCAUCACAGUCCCGGCGUACUUCAACGACGCCCAACGCCAAGCAACGAAGGACGCUGGCGAGAUCGCAGGCAUGCGGGUAUUAAGAAUCGUGAACGAGCCUACAGCUGCAGCCAUCGCGUAUGGUCUGGACAAGGACUCGGCCGAAGGGAAAAAGCCAGACAAGGAGACGAACAUACUUGUGUUCGACAUGGGCGGCGGUACCUUUGAUGUGUCUGUUCUGGCCAUCCAGGACUCCGUCUUUGAAGUGAAGGCCACCGCCGGUGACCCUCAUUUGGGUGGCGAGGAUUUCGACAACCGAAUCCUCAGCCACUGCAUUGCGGACUUCCGAAGGAAGUUUGGGGCUGACCCAACACGCAACCAACGGGCGCUCCGCCGGCUGCGCACGCAGUGCGAGAGGGCGAAGAGGCAGCUGUCAACACAGACGUCCGUGACCAUCGAGGUAGACUCCCUGCACGAUGGCAACGACUUCAGCCUUAGACUCUCCAGGGCCAAGUUCGAAGAGCUCUGUUUGGAUUACUUCAAGAAGGCGAUGGAGCCUGUGGAACAGUGCCUCAAGGACAGCAACCUGCCACAGAAGGCGAUCUCGGACAUCGUCAUGGUGGGAGGCUCUACGCGCAUCCCAAAAGUGCAGGAGCUCAUCAAAGGACACUUUGGUGGAAAGGAGCUCUGCAAAAGCAUCAACCCAGAUGAGGCAGUGGCUUAUGGGGCAGCAGUGCAAGCGGCCAUUGUCUCUGGCCAGGGGCACGAGGAUGUGCAGAACAUGCUCUUACUGGACGUGGCCCCUUUAUCUCUUGGCAUCGAAACGGCAGGAGGCAUGAUGCAGGUGCUGAUCGAGAGGAACAGCACGGUGCCCACGAGCAAGAGCCAAGACUUCACAACAUUCGAGGAUUAUCAGGACCAUGUUGACAUCUCCGUCUACGAAGGAGAACGCGCCAUGGUGAAGGACAACAACUUCCUCGGGAAAUUCACGCUGAAGGAUAUCCCGAAGUCCUUGCGUGGAGUCCCAAAGAUCCAAGUGACGUUCACAAUUGAUACCAACGGCAUUCUCCAGGUCAGCGCCGAGGAUGCGAAGUCCCACAAGAAGAGCGAGAUCCAGAUCGCGAACGAGAAGGGCCGUCUCACACAGAAUGACAUACAGAGGAUGCUCGUAGAGGCGGAGCAGCACAAAGGCGAGGAUGAGAUUUCUCGCAGCGACCUCUUGGCAAAGGAGGAGUUGAAGGUCUACAUGCAACGCUUCGAGAAGGGCUUCCAGGACCUGGAUGAGUCCAAGCUGCUGCCGAAAGAUCGUGAGCGGCUUGAAGGCAAGCUCACGGAUGCGCAGAAGUGGCUGGAGACAGAAGGCCUCAAGGCCGGCAAGCCGGAGUUUGAAGCGAAGCAGAAGGAGCUUCAGGCCGCGAUCAACACCGUCAUGCUGCGGAUCAACAGGUCCCAGGCCGAAUUCUGGGACCAGCAGGUUGUGCAGCAUGAGGGUGAGAAGAGCAUUGCCGACGGGGGUUUUAUACUGCAGUGUGGCGUGGACAUCCGUGACCUGAUUGAGGAUCCUCAAUGA